GAUGUGACAUAGUUAGCCCUAUUCCGUUAUUGGGAUAGUAAACAAAAAUCGACGAUGCAAACUAUGACUGGCAAGUGUAGCCUUUUGAUUGUUAAAAAACAAAAAACACCCUUCUGAUCCGAGUUCAGCCAGACCGAGCAUAAAAACGACCGCUAGACUGGUGUAUGCGCUUCACGGUAAACCAAAAUAGCCUCGUCGAAAACCAAUCAAAUAGUUCGCGAACGUUAACGAAACGUUUGCAGGCUGAACUUGGAACUGUGCAAAUAAUAACCAUGGAGACGAGCUCGUUACAGUCCAUCGAGUGUGAAAAUCCAUCAAGCGUGCUGGUAUGAUGAGAACGGAGUCAUAUACUAGUGACCGUAUAGGCCUUGUGCAGUUGACCGUAGGCCCUAUGUGUAUUAUAACAUUGAAGAUAUUUUCGACAAUGGAAAUAUUUGAUAUACACAGAGCCUAUGCCCGAUCUCCUCCAGUACAUCUGUUGCCGUAUGCAUAACACCGGUUUAUAACAAACUAGUCAUAUGAAUAGCCUACAUCCCUUGAAUCGUCACGCUCUGUGUGCUUUUUACAGCCACUGGAGCAUGUAACUAAAUUUCUUUGCUGCUAGGUAACGAGUCGCCUACAUGCUGCUGAAUGUGCAUGUUUCAAGUUUGUAAGUCGGAUGCCAAAUAAGCGAGACACAAACAAUGAGAACCAUGACCAAACUAUUAAGCAGACACCAGCUCCAACAUCUGUCGGAGCACAAGUAUUCCGUGGAGGGCACGACGCUGCUGGAGCCGAUGUUACAGAAGUAUUGGAACUGGCUGCUAGAAUACAUACCACUAUGGUGGUCGCCCAACGCCAUCACGCUGGCCGGACUAUUCAGCAACAUCUUGUCUACGUCGGUUCUCAUGAUGUAUAGCCCCGAUGCAAAACAAGCGGUUCCUGGUUGGGCGUAUGUGAUCUGUGGUCUUGCAACAUUUAUAUAUCAAUCUCUGGACAGCAUUGAUGGAAAACAGGCUCGUCGUACCAACACAAGUUCCCCACUUGGAGAGCUUUUCGAUCAUGGUGCAGAUGCCAUAACAAACGGUAUGCUCGCCAUAGGAAUCAGCGUCUCGUUCAAGCUGGGAAACGAGCCACAUCUGUUGAUCUGUUUGCUGUGUUUCCAGCUGUUCAUCUUCUACUGUGCUCAUUGGCAGGCCUACGUGUCGGGCACAUUGCAGAUGUAUACGUUUGAUGUAAAUGAAGGCCAUUAUUAUGCUAUUGGUGUUUACUUUGUAACAUCAGUUUCAGGAGAGCAGAUCUGGGCACAAGAGGUUGGUAUGCUGGGAAUUCAACUGAAAGAUUGUAUAAUAUACACAUACAUUGUCUUUGCACUUCUACGACUUUUGAAAAAUUUUAGCGUGAUUUUUGUCAAAGGUGGCAUUGGGAAAGAUGGAUCAACUGUGGCAGGAACGAGCACCAUCUUCCCGUUGUUUCCGAUAGCCAUUGUUCUGGGUGUACAGGUCACCCUGCACGUGAUGUCCCCUAGUCAGGUGUUCCAUCAACACAGGUGUUUGUACAUGACCUGCUUCACCAUGCUGGCAACCAAGGUCACCACCAGACUGAUGCUGGCGAACUUGUCUAAGAGUGAGAUGAGUCUAGUGUGUUUCGGACUCACUGGACCCAGCGUGAUGCUUGCCAACCAGUAUUUCAACUGCAUACUUGACGAGUAUUUUACACUGUUGUGUUGCUUUUUUCUUGUGACAAUUAACUUUCUGUGGUUUUCUUACCAAAUCAGCAUGGAAAUAUGUGAACACCUUAACAUCCAUAUGUUUACCAUCUCUUCGAAGCCACCACAUAGCGUAAAAAAUGGAGUAAGAAAUGGAGUAGUUACCGGUACAAGUGUGUCAAAACAUUGACCUUGGAGCAUGAUGAUGUCAUACAACUGAAAUGCACAUCUAUGCAAUUUGAUAGAGCAUAAUUCAACCACAGAAAUCAUCUUUAUUCAUUACACGAAAGAUGGGUCAGUAAAAAAAAACCAUAUUAAAGGUAUUUAGGUAUCUUGCAACAGUGUCAGGUAGUUUUGUCUAAAAGUUAUUGUUUUUUGCUUGAAACAACAGUUUGUUACAUCUGGCCUGGUGCUUAUAAAAUUUUCAGUCUAGACUUGAGACUCUAAUAGAGUGAGACACCAAUGUCAUGACAACGCCGUACAAAUUGUAUGCGUGUACAAAUUGUAUGCGUGUGACGUCAUUAGAGAUUGAGUCUUAAAGUUUUAUAAGGACGGGCUUUGGUUAUAUGAAAUUUAUUUAAGAGCAUUUUAUAAUCACAUACACAUGUACAGAGAUGAAAAUAUUCUGCAUUUAUCUGGAAUUUAUUUUAGGAUAUUUAAUUGUCUGUACAGUAUUUCUCGGUCUUCCGCUGUCUAUCCAAACAUUUCAAUAUGGUUUUGGCUGAUGCUGAUUUGGGGGGGGGGGGGGGGGGGGUCACCAUUUUAGACCAUUGUGCAACCCGGAACCUGGGGCCUAUCUCUGGAUCCAACCACUAAUAGUUACAUUUUCUGUAUUUUGUUUUCUGUAACCAACUCUGGUCUAGAUGCUCAAGAGUUCAAAAUUUCAAAAUUUAUCAGUAGAUAAGUAAGUGCUUCCUUGACGAUUCAUUAGGAUAUAUACCAAACAACAAAAAUGUAAAUAUUUUAGUAUGUGUAUUUAAUAUAUAUAUGUAUAUAUAUAUAUUUAUUUUUUUCAUGAUAAAAUUAAUUUGGUAAAGAGAUUGUCAAAAUGGCUGUCAAAUAUUCUUAAGACAUUGAUAUAUAGUGGGCACAAAAUAUAGAAUAAUUGCAUUUGUAUUCGCAGUUCUUUUGUGGUUCUGCAUAUUGCAACAACACUCCAGUAACAUUUAAAAUUCUGGCACAUGAUCACACCAAGAUACUAACUUGAGCUUCUUUGAACACUAGGAUAACCAAAAACACACUGGUUAUAUAGAAAUAAAAAAUAUAAGCAAGAAACUGCAAGCUUUAGUCUGUUUUUAAGAGGACCACGUACCUUUAAUGAUCCAUUCAGUGAAGACUUCUGUCCCAUCUUAUCCAUUUAUCAAGUCACGGUAACAGCAUAUGUUGCGCUUUAAACAUUCAUUACAUCAAAAUCAGAAUAGGUUGUAUGUUAAUUAAUUACGUAAAACACACAACAUAUGCUACACCUUAAUCAUUCAUCACAUCAAAGAUACUUAUUAGACCUUAAUCAUUCAUCACAUCAAAGAUAGUUAUUACACCUUAAUCAUUCAUCACAUCAAAGAUGCUUAUUACACCGUAAUCAUUCAUCAUAUCCAAGACUCGAGAUAUGUUUCACCGUAGCCAUAUGCUACCUUACCUGUUAAUCAUUCAUCAAAUAAAGACACAGCAUAUGUUACACGUAAAUCAAUCAACACGUCAAAGAUGGCAUUAUAUUACACACAAAUCAGACACCGCUUGUUACAUGUUGAUCAUUCAUCACAUCGAAGACAAAAUAUUUGUAGCUCGAGCAAUGGCACCCACGCAAUUUUAAUCAUUGUUCACAUUAAUGUGUUUGUACCUUACUUUUAUAUUGUAGUAUUCAUUUAGUAUAAUAUGCAGUUUUGAGCAUUGUUUUCCUUUGUUUAUUAAACAAUAUAGUGUAUGAAUAAUCUAGACCCCAUCCUACAAAACAAUCUUAGCACUGUAUCAUAAAUACUUAAUAUUGUGACCGUAACAUUGUUCUUUGAUUGGCAGCCCAUUACGUGAUGCAGCAUACAUGUAGCUUGCUAUCGUCUUGAAUUUCAGUGACAAUUUACAGUAGAUCUGAGGUAGGAUACAAAAUCAUUUGUGUCAAGAUGGAUCUAUAGUCUGUCUCAUCAUUCUAUAUAUAUAAAUUUUUUUUUAAAUAAUUUCAAUUUAGUUUAACCUUACGUACAUACUCAUACUUUUCUUCUUACAAGAAAAUUAGAAAUGUUUUGAAAAUAACAACAACAAAAAACACACUAUUUUUGUGUCCAAUUUACAAAUCAAUCUGUUUAGAAAUAAAUAAUUUGUGGUAAAUUUCAGAGUAUGAAAAAAGGCGUUCUCUGUGGACUGUAGUCUACAUAAUAUCUUUAUUUAAAUUUGCAAUUUGAUGAAAAACAUUUUGGUCAUGUUUAGGCCAUUUAUGACCAUUAAAUGAAAAUAUUGACAAUAAUUGUGCAAUUAUUACUAUGGAAAUUAACUGGAAAAAUUACUUACAGAUUUCCGAUACCAGCAAAUACUAAAGCAAUAUUUACCUUGUUCAUACAGCAGAUUUUAAUUGAUUGGUGACUCCUACCAUAUGUGUACUUUGUGCAUGUACCCUAUGGUUGCUUACGUGUGCCAGCCACCACUACAGUGAACCAUGGCUGCAAUUCUCUUGUAGAAUUGAGCAACAAUUAGACUCUUGUGUUAUUCCUGUAGAUAAAUUCUGUCUGGUAGAUAAAAUAUUUUAUCAUAAUUUACAUUGUAGUGAUAGGCUUUUGCUUUUAAUGAAGUUUUAUAAUAGCAACAAGUCUCAUUCGUGUUUUUUUCAUGCAAUUAAAAUUAUUGGUAUAAUGCUUUUAAUGCUCUUGAAAUUAUUAAUAUCAAAUUUCAGUAGCUCUUCAAAACAUUUUUAAGUUAAACUUCUAUCAGUGUACUAUAUGGGGAUAAUAUUUAAAACAUUUAUGUAACCAGAAAUCAUUCUGUGUUGUUUUUACCUAGGUUAUGAUUGUUUGGUUAUGAUAAUUAUAUCUGCGUAACUGGUGAGUAGCGCACAUGCACUACUUUUCUGUACUACAUUGACAUUCCAGAUUUAUUUUAAACAAAUUGAUUUGUAUUUAUAAAGUGUCCAAAAUGAACCUUGAAUUUUUAAAACAAUUUCUAAUUUAAACAAAUAGUGGAUCACUGUGUAACCUGUUGACAGUUUGCAUAAUCGCCACAUAAACCAAACAAUUUGCAUAAAAUAUUGUGCCAUGUACUAUUGUACUUAAAACCAAGUAGUGCACCAGUGAAAUUAUGACAGUAUUUGUGUAGAACAUGAAUACUCAAAUAUGUCUGAAACUAGCAAAAUACCAUUUCCCCAUUUUUACGAAAAUGGACAAAUUAAUCUAACAAAAUAUCAGUGUAUUCAUAGGCGUACAGGCUUACAUUUUUGUAGGAGGGCAGGCUGGCUUUUGCCCGAAUUAAACAAAAAUGCCAGAAUCUCAAUAACAACAUUUAUUCAUAUUGGUAUUACUACCAAACAGCUAUAUAGGGUUGCAAACAAAUCACUACGCAUUUUUACAUGGAUUACAACUAAUUUUGAGGGUAGAAUGAUGGAAGUACAUGAAAUGGUCUCUGGUUAACACAUUUUGCCAGAAUAUCUAUAAUUUUUGCCUGAAUUUGAGGUUUUGCUCCUGCCAUAUUUCUCGUAGGCUUAUGGUUAUGUUCUAACUACAUUAAAGGAGUGUACUUAUAUACUAUUUUAAAUGAUUCUUUAUUUUACAAGUUUAUUUUAUGUUACAAAUGGAUAAUAAACUAGUCAUUUACC